CCGGCAGUGCUGCCACCUGCAGGCGCCGAGAGUUAACCUCACAGAAAUAAACACGGCAAAAAUGUCACGUCAACAAGAGGUCGACGAGCUUUUCGACGUAAAAAAUCACUUUUACAUCGGCAAUUUCCAGCAAUGCAUCAACGAGGCGCAAAAAUUGAAGCCUUCCUCGCCCGAAGUCAAGGUGGAGCGAGACAUUUUCCUCUACAGAGCCUACCUGGCCCAGCACAAAUUCAGGGUGGUGCUCGACGAAAUCACAAAUUCUUCUCCGCCUGAGGUGCAACCGCUGAAAAUGCUUGCGGAGUAUCUGUCUAGACCUUCGGCGAGAGCUGAUAUAGUCAACAAACUGAAUGAGGCCACGUCGGGAAACAUUGACGUUUCUAACCAGACCUUCCUUCUGGUGGCUGCCACAAUUUACUUUCAUGAAGCCAACUACGAGGCCGUACUGAGAAUUCUGCACCACUGUGACAGCUUGGAAUGUUCGGCGCUAGCUCUGCAGACCUACUUGAAGAUCGAUCGAGUUGACUUGGCGCGCAAGGAGCUGAAGAGCAUGCAGGAGCGUGACGACGACGCCACCCUCACUCAGCUGGCCCAAGGCUGGGUCAACAUUGCUACUGAUGGCGAGAAGUUGCAGGAGGCGUUUUUCAUUUUCCAAGAGAUGAUCGAAAAGCACGGAGGAACCCCCACUCUGCUUAACGGACUGGCCGUCUGCUACAUUGGACAGGCCAAGUACGAGGAGGCCGAGUCAACUCUGCAGGAGGCCCUGGACAAAGACCCCAACGACUCCAAUACCCUCAUCAACAUGAUGGUGCUGGCCCAGCAUACAGGAAAACCGCCAGAGGUUUCCAACAGAUAUUUGAGUCAGCUGAAAGAUUCACAUGCGCAGCAUCCAUUUGUUAAGGAAUAUACACUAAAAGAGGACGAGUUUGAAAGGCUGGCGAGUCAAUAUGCACCUGUCGCUGCAUCAUAAAAUUUUUCUGUUUGCUUGUUUUACAAAAUCUAAUUAUGUCAUGUUUGUUUAAAUAAAAUUCAUUCCACCAUA